UUCGAGGAACCGAGUCUCUUAUUGCUGUUGUAGUGAUAUUGCUAAAUUUCGUCGAGUCCCUGGCCCUGUAUUCAACUGGGUAAAUUCGUAGCUUGGAAUUGUCUGGAGGAUUUAUGACGCCAUGAAGUUGCUUUGAAUGGUCAUUCCCAUUUUUUUAAGUUUCUUCCUGAAAUUCCCCAAUUUUCUCCGUGUGAUUCUAGUUUGCGAGGAACGAGUCUCUCAUUGCUGUUGUAGUAAUAUUGCGAAAUUUCGUCGAGUCCCGGGCCCUGUAUUUCAGCUGGGUAAAUUCGUAGCUUUGAAUUGUCUGUAGGAUUUAUGACACCAUGAAGUUGCUUGGAAUUGUCCUGGAGGCCGGGUCAUUCCCGUUUGUUUUGGGUUUGGACUUGGGUAACACGGCAUUUGGUUGCCACUGCAACUUGCAGAGAAAAAUUGACUGGGUCUCAGUUGUCCCUUCCUCCUCGUCUGCGGCUCCCAUUUAUCUUCUUUCUAGACACGAGGGUUUUCAGUAAAUCUGCUCUACCAGUUGAGUCGUCUAACGACUUUUAAAUCUUCCAUGUCCAGUAAUACUUUCCUGCACAAAGAGAUGACUCAAUAGAGACGGUCAAUCUUUGGCAAAUAGCAUCCGAAGAUUCUAACCAACUUCUUAUUGUUUCAUCUCAUAAAGUCGGUUCUUCCUAUCCGAACAUACAUUUAAAAAAAAAAAAAGCGUAUAUUCUUUUGCGUUUGUGCUUCCGCCGGUCUCAGAUUUUCUUCUGGUUCUUCGCGUCCUUGCCCUGUCGUAACACUAACAAUGCUUCCGGAGGCUGUUUUAGGGGCCGCUCUUGGAGCUUUGCUCCAAGAAAUUAUAAAUGCAAAAGAAAAGGCAACUUUCUUCAGGAGAACCCUUGAACACCUGGAAUCGACACUCAAGGGAGUAUAUCCAAUAGUUAGUGAUAUCCUGAAGAUAGAAAGUGUUCCUGCUGAUACAUGUACUAGGUUUGCGGAGCAGUUGAAGAAAGCAAAGGCGCUUGUUAAAAUGUAUUCAGACAUCAAGAAAUGGAAGCUGCUCAAGAAACGUAAGGUCAGGAAACUGAUUGAAGAAAUGGAUGCUUCUCUUCAAAGGUUUUUGACUCGGGAUUUUCAGGCUGCGCAAUUGCUCUAUCUUGCAAUAAUUGACAAAGAUGUAAUUGAAAUGAACAAGAAAAUGGAUCGUGUAAUCACCCUGCUGGAUAGAACAAAUGGCGAUGCAACAACCAAAGGAUACGAAUCAAGUUCCGAGACUGCAACUGAAGAAAUCUCAGCACCAUCAAGUCCAGAUACUGCGGGUCAGAGCAAGCCAGAAAAAGCUGCAUUUGAAUUGCAUUGGGAAAUCAGCAAAGAAAAAUGUUUAGACAUUCACUUUCGGCGUCGUCGCGUGUAGUUUAGCAAGCAAAUCUAUGAAUUAAUGAAAUGGUAACCCCUGAUCUACCUUUUGUUCGCGUAGUGAGCUUUGUAGUUAUUGCAGGUGUAAAAUAUAUCUUAUUGUGGUAAUCCGUAAAUUGUAUAUUACUUUUCCUUCCUGACAGAUACAUACAAGGAAAACUUGCAUCUUUUUUUGGUUA